AUGGGCCCAAUUAAGCACAAAGCUCUCCUCAACGUCGACCUUGGUGAAGGCUUCGGCAAUCUGAAAUGCGGUCCAGACGAAGAGCUUCUUCCACACAUUGACAUCGCCAAUGUAGCCUGCGGAUUCCACUCCGGCGAUCCCCUAAUCAUGAUGAACACGGUCCGCAUGUGUAAAGAGCACAACGUCAAGAUCGGAGCCCACCCUGGCUUGCCAGACCUGCAAGGCUUUGGCCGAAGGGAGAUGAAGCUACAGCCAGAAGAGUUGACAGCCAUUACUGUAUACCAGGUUGGCUCUCUCAAGGGAUUUCUGGACAGGGAGGGACUGCCGAUGAACCACGUCAAACCGCACGGGACUCUAUAUGGUAUGAUGUGUCGGGACUUCGACGUAGCGACUGCGGUCAUGAAAGGUAUACCAAAAGGGGUGCCAGUCUUUGGGCUAGCCGGAACGAAUAUGGAGAAGGCAGCGAAAGAGGUGGGGGUGGAGUUUUGGGCCGAGAUGUACGGAGAUGUGAAAUAUAACACUGACGGGAUGUUGGUCAUUGACAGGAUAAAAAAACCUUGGAAGCUUGAAGACGUCGAGAGACACGUGGAGCAGCAGCUUACUACUGAGUCAGUAACCGCUGUGGAUGGCAGUAAUAUUCCCCUGGCUGCGUUGGGAUCGUCAAGACAACAAGGGGAGUUUGCGACAAAUUCAACAAGGAGCAUGGUUGGUCGUAAUCUAUGGUCUAUCAAGCCGUUCCCACCAGUUGCCAAGCAGAGUUGA